CCUAAAAUGUACGUGUCCUUUCGUUCAGAUCACCUUUGAAAGAGCAGCUCUCUGAUCGAAGGUGCUCCCGCUACAACCAGCCUAUCUUAUUUUCAGACACUGUACAUCUAGGAAACAGUAUCCAACGUGUCCUUCUCUUUUAAAGACAGUUUUGAAUCACCUUCGACGGAAGAAGAUAAAGGGAAAACAGCAAAAAGUAAAUAUUCAUAUCUUAGAUAUGGACGUGAUGAUCUCAAGCGCCAAGCUGUGGAGUAUUAUCAAAAGAAUAAAGUUCCGCAAAAAAUUGAAGAGGUUCUGAAUAACUUAUUUUACGAUCAGCCACCUGAUAUUUAUGGAUAUUUGGUGAACUUCUUCCAGAUGUUUGCGCUUCCUCCAGCUAUAAGUAGGCUCAAUGCAUAUCCAGUUUUGGACAGUGAGACCCAGAUAUCCAUACAAAUUGAUGUCUAUUGCACUAUUAAUGGAUUGGAGAAGCUUGUUACAUCAGUAAUGACAAGUAGUUUCAGUAGCCAGAUCUGGAACACGUCCAAACAAUCUGAGAUUGAGACUGAAGAUAUUGAAAGAGAAAAAUCAAUUGAGCAAGCAAUUACUUACAUCAAUGGAGAAUUAAAUACAAAGCUGAAUGGCCUGAACCCAACUGAUGGUCAAUUUGAUGUUGACACAAUAUUAAAGGACUUUUUCUCAGACUUGCAACUGGAAGUUGAGAAUCAGCCAUUGCAUAGAAAAGCAACAACAGAAGUUUGCAUCAGUGAAGAUAAUGCUGACGCUGAGACAGACAAAGACAGGAGGGGCUCGAAACAAAAUAAACAGUCUCCGAACAAGAAAUCUGCCAAAGGAAAAUGCAAAUCUGAAAUAAUCUUACCACCAGAUUCACCAAUUAAAAAGUGGCUCCCAGGUACUCCUGCACUUAGUGCAGUCAGCCUAGCAAUAUGCAUCACAGGUGCUGUUCUAAAAAACAUUCCUCUCCACGAUCACAUACUCAAACUUACCGAUCCUCCACUAGAAGUGGAUUUUAAAUAUCGUCUACCGAUUCCUAUGGUAACCCUAAUGCAUUGUGGUAAAUUAACCUCAGGAAAACUAAAUAUAUUCAAAGAAAUCAUGAUUCUUCCUGCACCACAAGUGUCAGUUAAAGAGUUUAUUUAUCAAGUGUCAGCAAUCAGAAAAUACCUCGUUAGGAUGAUCAUGACAAGUUACCCAAAAUGGUCUGUGAAUCUAUCUACUGUAAGCCAGUUAGGUGCUGUUGCAUUGCCCUUUGACAGGCCAGAAUAUGUUAUAGAUUCUCUACUGCAAGCUGCUGAGCAUGCUGGCUAUAUUGGUGGAAAAGACUUUUUUCUUGCUAUAAACUGUGCUGCACAUGAAAUCUUGGAUCGAGAGAAAGCUGUGUAUGAUUAUGUGUCUGGUUCUCAGUUUAAAUCAUUGGAGGAAGCUGUUGAAUUUUGGUCAAGCUUAAUCAGGAGUUAUCCUUGCAUAUGUGCUAUCAUUGAUCCAUUUCGCAAGCAGGAAGGAUUUCUUUGGAAGCGGUUAUGUAAAUCAAUCGCCGAUCAAUGUCUUGUAAUUGGAGAUGUUAGUGCUGAAUGGCCUUUUAAAUGUAAGGAGGUUAAAGAACCUGUGGAAAAAGAGAAUGAAUCAGGUGAAUUGUCUGAAGGUAACAACCAAGAUGCAAAGCAACAAGACAGCUAUAUUGCCAGUGGUCAAGUUUUUCGGAUUCAACAGGACACAUCUAUCACAGAUGCGAUUGAAUAUACAAAAGAUUACAAAGCAAAUGGAUAUCAUUUGAUUAUUUCUGGAUGCCAGAAAGAAGUAGACAGCUGGAUUAAAGCAGAUUUGGCUGUCGGUUUACAGGCGACAUUUCUGAAGACUGGUGGUCUAUUCCGGAAGGAGAGAACUGAUAUACUGAAUCGGUUAUUUAUUAUUGAGCAGAAACUAAUGCAAGAAGACAGACUGGCAACACUGCCCAACACAUGGAAAUAUCCCAAACUAUUUCCAGAUUCAGUCACUACUGAAUGAAAUUUAUAUGAAGCAAAAGAAAUUAUUCAUUUUGUGUUUCAACUAAAAAACAAAAAGCAAAAUUAUAUAAAUAAAUAAAUAAAAACAUCUCUUUAGAUUAAAAAAAAUAAUUCUAAUAUCUUUCCAUUAUGGAAAAUGUUUGAUUUUUGCAUUGUAUUCUUUGAUUGUUUUCUGUAAAGCUGAGCUGAUCUUUGGAGCGGGUAAUAUUUCCGAAACUUUAUAUAUUUACUAUAGUAAACAAUUUUGCUUAGUUUAGGUUUAAUUGCUGACUUUCUAUUUGCAACCAAUAACUUUAUUUACCAUGAAUUUUUGCUUCAUUUGAAGUUCAACAUUUUCUCACUGUAACAUCUUUUAAUAGCUUGUAAUAAGCACCACAGAGUAAGAGGUAUGCUUACAACAAAACAAUGGUAUUAACCCUUAAGUAUUUACACCUGCCAUAUCCAGCCCAAAUAUUCUAUCUACUUCGUGUUCAAACCAAUCAGAUCUGGCCUCUCACACCUUUCCUACAAUGUCAUUAAAAAAUAGAAAGUCACAUCAUUGAAAUCUU